AUGGCGCCGCGACGAGCAGGCCAACCCUUCCGCCGGGUGGGCAAGCAGGGCAACACAUCCUACGGUCCACGGAAACCAAAGACAGUCGAAGCAUCCUCCUUAAGAAGUACGGAAGCCACAUCACAGAACGAGAAGCUCGAAAGUACACGCUUCGCCAACCGCAUCGAUGAAUCCAUGGGCUUUGCGCGCUUCGAGUCGGGCAAGAAGAAAGUAGGAUGGCUUGUGAACAUGCACUCGACUACCAUAGAAGAUGAGGACGUUCCAGGUGGUAAGGCGGGCGUGGACUACUACUUCCUUGGCGAGGACGGCGACACGUUCAAAGCGACACUCGAAUAUGAUCCGUAUUUCCUACUGGCUGUCAAGAAGGGUAGGGAACAGGAGGUUGAGGAAUGGUGUCGGAGAGCGCACGAGGGGCUGAUUAAGAGCAUAAAGAGGGUGCAGAAAGAGGACCUCUCGAUGCCCAAUCAUCUCACUGGAUACAGGAGGACGUUCCUUCAGCUGUCGUUUGCGAAUGUGAACGACCUCUUAGCUGUGAGGAAAGCGGUCAACCCAGUAGUGGAGAAGAAUAAGAAGAACGUUAAUGCUAUGGAUACGUACGCAGAGGUUGCUAAUGGAGAUGCUGGCUUAGAUUUUUUCGAUAACGACGAUUAUGAGUACGAGAAACGAGCGACGACCACGAUUGACGCCAGCGAUUUCAUUUUAGAUAUACGAGAAUACGACGUCCCCUACCACGUACGAGUAGCCAUCGAUAAGGAUGUCCGCAUCGGAAACUGGUACACGGUGGAGGCAAAACACGGCGUGAUAUCCAUCACAUGUAUAGAGGACCGCCUCACGCCUGCUGAUCCUGUUGUUAUGGCCUAUGAUAUUGAGACAACGAAGCUGCCAUUAAAAUUCCCGGAUGCUGUCUUCGAUCAAAUCAUGAUGGUCUCGUACAUGAUCGAUGGCCAAGGCUUCUUGAUCACCAAUCGCGAGAUUGUGUCCGAAGACAUCCAGGAUUUCGAGUAUACACCGAAGCCAGAAUACCAAGGACCAUUCAUGAUCUUCAAUGAGCCAGAUGAGAAGGCGUUAAUAGAGCGCUUCUUCGAACACAUCAAGGAAGCCCGACCAACUGUCAUGGUUACAUACAACGGAGACUUCUUCGAUUGGCCAUUUGUUGAAGCAAGAGCUAGUGUUUUGGGCAUCGACAUGUAUCAGGAGAUUGGGUUCAGGAAGAAUAGCGAGGACAUCUACCAAUCUGAUUACUGCGCACACAUGGACGCCUUUUCCUGGGUCAGUCGAGACAGCUACUUGCCCCAAGGAAGUCGUGGCCUGAAGGCCGUCACGAUGGCUAAACUGGGAUACGAUCCCGACGAGCUCGAUCCCGAGUUGAUGACACCGUAUGCUUCCGAACGCCCUCAGACCCUUGCCGAGUACUCAGUUUCCGAUGCUGUAGCCACGUACUAUCUGUACAUGAAGUAUGUGCAUCCAUUCAUUUUCGCCCUAUGUAAGAUUCUUCCACUGGGUCCGGACGAUGCGCUACGAAAGGGUACAGGCACUCUUUGCGAAAUGUUGUUAAUGGUUCAGGCGUAUCAGAAGGGUAUCGUACUACCCAACAAGCACCAAGCGCCAAAGGAGGCUUUCUGGGAAGGUCACCUACUAGAGUCAGAAACGUACGUUGGAGGCCACGUCGAGGCCCUCGAAGCUGGAGUCUUCCGAAGCGACAUUGCCUACAACUUUGCGGUCGAUCCUACUGCCAUUGAUGAGCUAAUAGAUGAUCUUGAUGCGGCCCUCAAGUUCAGCAUCGAAGUGGAGGAAAAGAAGAAGAUGGAAGACAUCACAAAUUAUGACGAGAUCAGGGCUGAGAUCGUGGACAAAUUGAUGCAGCUUAAAGCCACACCGAAUCGCAACGAACGACCACUCAUCUAUCAUUUGGAUGUUGCAUCCAUGUACCCGAACAUUAUGACAACGAAUCGACUGCAACCUGAUUCCAUGAUCAAGGAGGCAAAUUGCGCAGCCUGCGAUUUCAAUCGACCAGGAAAGACCUGUGAUCGUCGGAUGCCAUGGGCUUGGAGGGGUGAAUACCUACCGGCCAAACGCGACGAGUACAACAUGGUUCGUCACGCUCUAGAGAACGAAAAAUUCCCUGGAAAGUACGCGAAUUCUCCAUCACGGACAUUCCAACAACUUUCGGAGGAAGAGCAGGCUACGUUUGUGAGGAAACGUUUGACGGACUACUCCAAAAAGAUCUACCACAAAGUUCACGACGCCACGACGAUUGAGCGGGAAGCGAUUAUCUGUCAGCGCGAAAACCCAUUCUACGUUGACACCGUCAGCGGCUUCCGUGAUCGACGAUACGACUUCAAGGGCAAACAGAAGGUCUGGAAGGGCAAGACUGAAGCCUUGAAAGCAGCUGGUGCUCCUGCAACUGAAAUCGAAAACGCCAAGAAGAUGAUUGUCCUCUUUGAUUCCAUGCAGUUGGCUCACAAGGUCAUUCUCAACUCUUUCUACGGCUAUGUCAUGCGAAAAGGAUCCCGAUGGUACUCCCUAGAGAUGGCUGGUGUGACCUGCUUGACAGGUGCACGAAUCAUCCAGUUGGCUCGAUCUCUUGUCGAGCGAAUCGGACGGCCCCUGGAACUGGACACUGACGGUAUCUGGGCUAUCCUACCGGCAACUUUCCCUGAAAACUUCGCUUUCAAACUUACCAACGGCAAGAAGCUGACCAUCUCCUACCCGUGCACCAUGUUGAACCAUCUAGUCCACGCGCAAUAUACCAAUCACCAAUACGAGACAUUAGCAGACCCACAGACCUUCCGGUACGAGAAGCAUAGCGACAACUCCAUCUUCUUCGAAGUCGACGGACCGUACAGGGCUAUGAUUCUACCGACAUCGAAAGAAGAGGAUAAGAACUUGAAGAAGCGUUACGCUGUGUUUAACCAUGACGGCAGCUUGGCCGAAUUGAAGGGUUUCGAAGUGAAGCGACGAGGUGAGCUGAAGCUUAUCAAGAACUUUCAGGCGCAGAUUUUCAAGUUCUUCUUGGAAGGUACUACGCUAGAAGAAACAUAUGGCGCGGUUGCGAAGGUUGCGAACAGGUGGCUCGACAUCCUGGACACUCGUGGCGCGACUUUAGCAGACGAAGAACUCAUUGAUCUCAUUGUUGAGAAUAAGAACAUGACCAAGACGCUAGAGGAGUAUGGAACGCAGAAGUCAACCGCUAUCACGACUGCGAAGCGUCUCGCAGAAUUCUUAGGGGAGCAGAUGGUGAAAGACAAGGGGCUGAAUUGCAAGUACAUCAUUUCCAAGACGCCGAGAAACGCACCUGUCACUGAGCGCGCCAUCCCGAUGUCUAUCUUUUCAGCUGAAGAGUCGGUGAAGCGGUACUUCUUGAGAAAGUGGCUACGAGAGGACCCCGGCGAGAUGGAUAUCAGAGCGGUCCUUGACUGGGAUUACUACCGCGAGCGUCUGGCAUCUGUCAUCCAGAAACUCAUCACCAUCCCAGCAGCAUACCAGAAAGUUCGGAACCCGGUUCCCAGAGUGCCUCAUCCGGAGUGGCUUGACCGGAGGAUUCGCCAAAAGGAGGACAAAUUCCAACAGAAGAAGAUGACAGACAUGUUUAGCAAGAAGGCACUAACAAAUGGAGACGCUAAUAUUGCAAACAACAAGAUCUCUGGUGACCUCGAGGACUUCGGCGCGGCGAAGCUGACCCAAACCCAAACACAGGUGAAGAAAGGCAUUGUCACUAAAAUGGUCGCAAAGCGGAAACAACCCGAACCUGCAGUGCCCGCUCAAAUCGACCCGUACGCCGCGCUGCCGAAAGUCAUGCCUUCGAUCUCCGAGAACUACCCUGACUGGCUUAUGUACCAAAAGCAGAAGUGGAAAAUCCAGCGAGAAGCGCGAAAGCGACGGCGGCAACUGUUCGGAGAGAAGCCUGUUGAUGCUUCGGACGCGAUCGGGAGCUUCUUCAGAAAUCAAGCUCAGCUCUUGUUCAUUAGUACAUGGCAGCUUGUCCAGCUACGACCGACAGAGACACCAGGAGAAGUGAAAGCUUUCGUGUUAAUCGACAAGAAAAUCCACACUCUUAAGAUCAUCGUCCCCCGACAGCUAUACCUAAAUUUGAGAAGCGAGGAUCUUCCUGAUGUCUCAAUCAGCGGCUGCUCGGUGGAAAAGGUUGUCAACCAUACCCUUCCAAACGGACAUCCAUCGAUCCAUCUGUUCAAACUCCAGAUGUCAGAACAAACGUACGUCCAGGAAGCGAACAUCAUCUCCGCUCUCUUCAAUCACUCCAGCGUCGAAGGUGUGUACGAGAAGCAAGUCCCGCUGAACAUCCGCGCCAUUCUCGACCUUGGAUGCACCUGCACCUUUGACGAGUCACAGAAGGGCGUGCUCGGAAAGGGUUUGGAGCAGGGCUUUGAUCUGUCAGCGUUGCGAAGAGUACCGACAAAACAGCCCUACCUAGCAGAGGCGCCGCUCAACUACAUAUACCUAUAUCAUGUCAGCAGCGGAGAUCGUAACAUCUAUGCCAUCUUCUCGACAUGGAAGAGUGAUGCGCAUAUCAUCAUUCAAAACAAAUCAAAGGACUCGCAAGGCAUGCCAAACGUGGACCGGAUUUAUAGCGACGCUUUGCACAGAAGAAUAGAAGAUAAUCAUGGCGAGCCGUGGCAGACAAUGAUCGAUUACCAGGAGGACAUCCAUUUCCGCACUACAGCAGUAACUACUAAGCGUAAAGCCUUGCUCGAAGUCGGCGACAUGAUCAAAAAGAUGAAAGCCGAAGAAGGCGGGCCUGUUAUCGUUGUCAUGCAGUCACCGAAUCAGGCUCUUCUCUCACAUGACAUUCCGAUUCUGAAGGAUCUGCCUAUCCUGGCACUGCAUCCGGAUGAAUCUGAUAAGCAGCUGCCCCCACUGGGUUGGCAGUCGUUCAUUGCUAAACGCCUUGUCGGGCACUAUCUCGAUCUCGGCUCCUGGGUCGCGCACCUUACGGAGCUGGCUCGUUAUGGUGAUAUCCCCCUAUGCAAUCUCGAGAGCAAUGACCCGCGGUUCCUUAUCGAUGUGGCAUAUGCGAGGCGUUUGCAGAAGGAUCGUGUGAUCCUGUGGUGGUCUGGCCAAGCGAAGCCCGAUCACGCUGGGCAUGAAAAGGAUGAUAUCCUUGCGCCACUAGAGACGGUCGAGAUGCCAUCAAUCAAUAACGCUGGGACAUAUUCCUCGGUGUGCAUCGAUUUGAAUUUACGCAAUCUCGCCAUCAACACCAUUCUGUCAUCAUCCUUGAUCAACGAGCUCGAGGGCGCAGAUUCAGUCUCUUUUAAUCCCGCUGCGCCUUCGUAUGAUGCUGCAAACGAUGGAACCAACGUCAUCUACUCCGACAAUGCCUUCGCAAGUGCAGGUAUCACCGUGCUCCGCGAGAUGGUCAAAGCCUGGUGGGUGGAAGCCGUUCAAGCCGGCCACGGAUUUAGCAUGGCGGAUGUUAUGGUUCAACAUCUCGUGCGCUGGGUCAGCAGCCCCGGCUCCUUCCUCUACGACCGGUCUCUGCAUUACUAUGUGCAGAUGAUGUCGAAGAAGACGCUCCAGCAACUGAUGACGGACUUCAAGCGCGUUGGGUCGCACAUCGUCUUCGCCAGUCCGAACCGCCUUCUGUUGCAGACAACGAAAGCGGAAGUUGGCAAUGCGUACGCGUAUUCUCAGUACAUCAUCAAAACGAUCAAAUCAAAACCUUUGUUCCAAUUCAUGGAGCUCGAAAUUAAGGAGUAUUGGGACUACCUCGUCUGGUACGAUGAAUUCAAUUACGGAGGCAAGGGAUGCAAAGAGGUCGUGGAAGAGGAGAAUCAGACGAUUGAGAAUAUCAUGUGCUGGCAGCUAGCACAGUUCCUGCCGCCGACGAUGCAGCCUACGUUCAAUGACUGGGUCGUUGAGUUCAUCGAGUUGAUGCAUGCGCGAAAACGUCCUGCUCCUGCAGCGGACGGCUCGAUACCACGGACCACGCAAAUUCCUCUCAGACCGUUGACAGUGGAUCCUAAUGAGCAGACACAAAUCUUACCUAAGACGUUCACGAAACCUCUGUUCAGGCAAAUAUCGACCCUCUUUCGCCGCCAGCACACAGAGAUCUUGCACCCCGAACUCGCGGCCGACUACGUCUUCCCACAGCUCCCUGGCUCGCAUCUCAAGCUCCAAAACCCAGUGUUGCAACUUGUCAAGAGCAUCAUGCAGGUCCUAUCACUUGACCGCGCAAUCUCACUUGAAGCACGGAUGCUGAGGAAGGAACUACUCAACCUCUUCGACAUCCGGGAGUUCAGUCAGGAAGCGAGUUUUGCGAACCCAAGCGCUGCACUCGUUGUUCAUAGCGUUAUUUGCGAUGAGUGCACAUCCUCCCGUGACCUGGACCUCUGCCGAGAUAGCUCACUACUUCCUCCUGUACUUCCUGGAGACGCGGAUGCUGCGCCACCACCUCCCAAAUGGAAAUGCGACAACUGCGACUCGAGUUACGAUAAGCUACGCAUCGAAGAACAGCUCGUGUCGGAGGUGCAGAAGAUGGUCCUAGAGUGGUGUACGCAAGACCUAAAGUGUGGUAAAUGCAAACGACUGCGCAGCAACGAGUUCAUGGAACAUUGUGCAUGCGCUGGAGAAUGGGUUAGUACGAAAAACCGCGGGGAGAUCAACAAGCGGCUCAGCGUAUACGGUAGCGUUGCUGGCUUUUACGGCUUGAGGAUGUUGGAGGCCGUAGUCCAAGAAUGUUUAGAAGGAUUCUAG